AUGCUGCUUCUAGCCCAGGACAGCAAAAAGAACUCAAGAGGCUCACUGCCUAUGCUUACCUUUGGUUCUUCGACUAUUUCCAACGAAGAAUUUGUCGGCCUGGCUGUUAACCGGGGCACUCGUGCCAACGCGAGUGCCAUGGGGAUAGAAUCUGCAGCGUUGACAGUUACGCUGAUGGUCCUGGCAUUCUGGGGCAUUUCUACCGAGGUGGCUGUCGGCACCUAUUCCCGAGUUCCCGCUGUUAAGCUGCAAGUCGAAAAGUUACCGCGGCUUUCAACCACGCCGGCUCAUCUGUAA